UGGUACCGGCUGAUUGACACCGGAGCUGCGGACUCGGGCUGGCAUUCGCUGUUAUGGAAACCUGGGGAAACGUUGGGCAGUAGAAAUGAGAAACCGAAGGAGAAAUGGCCAGGUCGGGCAGUGAAGGAGAACCACAGCAGCAAGUAACCGGCUCCGGCGAUGCGCUGGAGCCGCAGAUUUUAUCCCUGGAUGAGGUGCUGCGAGCCUACGAGCAGCCGAUCAAUGAAGAGCAAGCCUGGGCGGUCUGUUACCAAUGCUGCCGCUCCUUACACAGAGACUGGCCCCGGGAGCAGGUGCGCAUUGGCCGCGUCAGGGAGCUGGCAGCCAUCCUACUGCAUCGGGAUGGCACCGUGUCCCUGUGCGGGGAGGAGAAGAGGCCAUCGCUUACAGACUUGAAGGUGAAGAUGUCCCCUCGAUUAUGUACAGAAGGACAGGUGGUGCAGUCCUUGGGAUUUGCUAUUUACCGAGCACUAGACUGGGGUUUGGAUGAGAAUGAGGAACGGGAGUUGAGUCAGCAGUUGGAGCAGCUUAUUGACCAGAUGGCAAACAAUGACUCUGAAGGUAGCAAUGGGACAGCUGACGAGGGGUACAGUGGGCAGGAUGAUGAGGAGGAGGGUGAUGGGGCACCCCGUUCAGUGAAGACUUUCGAACAUGUAAUGAAGGCAUGUGCUGCACAUUUAUUGAAUCGUAACGAAGCAGAUGCACAUUUUCAAGCAGUCUGUAGGGCAUUGUUUGUGGAAACCUUGGAGUUAAAGACUUUCCUGAUGAAAAUCAAAGAUGCUAAAGAGAUGCUGAAGAAGAUGCAGGUUGGAGAACCACAGGCACAGCAGAUUCCACUAGUAGAAUUGGACAACCUGAACCGUACAGACUGGGCUCGACUGUGGGUGCAGCUAAUGCGAGAUCUCCGUCAUGGUGUAAAACUAAAAAAAGUUCAGGAAAAGCAGUAUAAUCCCCUGCCAACAGAAUAUCACCUUACUCCAUUUGAGAUGUUAAUGCAGGACAUUAGAGCACGCAAAUAUAAACUGCGCAAAGUUAUGAUUGAUGGUGACAUCCCGCCAUGUGUGAAGAAAAGUGCUCAUGAACUCAUUCUUGAGUUUAUAAGAUCACGGCCACCUUUAAAGCCGGUUUCUGAAAGGAAUCUUGGACCAAAGCCUCAGAAGCCACGCAGUCUGCAUGAGCGAAUUCUGGAAGAGAUCAAGUCGAAGAGAAAGCUUCGACCAGUGCAGACAGCUGGUCGAAACAAGGACAAUGAAGUAACCUUUGGAUCACUGCCAUGUCUUGUGCACGCCUGUGCUGAUGAACUCAAGUCUACUUCAUGCAUAGAUCUCUCCAAUCCUGAGUCUAUGGGAAGUACACAGCGGCCUAGACCUAGGGUACUACUUAAAGCCCCAACACUGGCUGAAAUGGAUGAAAUGAACAUUUCAGAGGAGGAAGAGUCACCAAGUGGAGAGAUGCGAAGGGUUAUGAGCUCCCCAGUUCCUUUAAAACGUGAUCGCUCAUUCUCAGAACAUGAUCUCAUCCAGUUACAGACUGAGUUAGCUCUGUCACGAUCUGAAUCGGCUUCUCUCUCAUCAAAGAGUUCAGAUGCGAGACUGUAUUCAGAGACUGAGACUGUAACUGGAGCUAUGCCUCUGCACAAAGUUGGAGAAAAUGCAGAGAUGCAGCCUAUGAAUUUCCAGGCAGCUCAAAGCGCUCGUUCUUGUUCGGUAAUGGGAGACAACCGUCAGUCUGCGAAGGGUAUUCCAGAGACUGUUUCAACCUUUUCCAAAUGUCAGUGGCUGGAGGAAUUCAGUCACCCAGUGGCAAGCCUGACGCUAACUGUGGAGGAAGUUAUCAAUGUUCGGAAAGUCUUAGUUAAAGCUGAAAUGGAAAAGUUUCUGCAAAACAAGGAUCUGUACAACAACCUGAAAAAGGGAAAGGUGUGUUGCUGUUGUAAAGUGAAGUUCCCCUUGUUCUCAUGGCCCUUGGCAUGUUUAUUUUGUAAAAGAUCAGUUUGUGGAUUUUGCAAUUUAAAGAUCAAGAUUCCUUCCAAGAAACUUGCUCAUAUACCGGUUUACACUGUGGGUUUUGAAACUAUUCCGGAAACCAGUCAGACAAAAGCAGCUCAGACCAAAGGAUGUUUCCAAUCUCAAUCUCUGAAGAGUCUCAGUAACCGGUCAGUGGAACAAGAAUUUCCUCACCUUUACACACACGGCUGUAGCUUCAAAGAAGUUUGUGCUGAGUGCGCAAAAUUUGUUGCCGACGUCAUCAAUUCAAGUCGUAAAAGUGUGGACCGUCUGAAUAAUACUCCCAUGAGGAAAGCCCAGUCUAUGUAUGCAAAUUCAAAAAGAUCCUGAAGAAAGAAAGAGCAAGAAUUAAUUGUAUUAUGAUCACCACAUGAUGCCAGCCAAAGCUGUCGGCAGUCACGCUGCACGUGCUGAUGUUAGUUCCUAAAAGAACAAUAUGCAAUGCUUCAAAGAAGUGCCCAUGUCACCUGAUCUCCUGUAGGCGUGACAAAUGUGAGGACUAAGGACACAAAAGAGUCAGGUGUUUGUGGCGGUCACAUCAUAAGGAUUAACAUUUUCUUGUUAAAAUGCUUUCGCAUUGAUGCAUGACUCUCAGUUACUGCAGAAACAAGGCAAAAUGAGGAUGCUCCAAAUGAGUUCUUGGGCUUUGAGGCUUGGCUUUUGAAAUGUGGGCGAAACCUGAAAGUUUCAUCCAUUGCUGGUAACCAGCUCUAAAAGUUGAGACAGGGCGAUUGGCGGAGAUGUACAGAUUUUGAGAGUUUGAAACUCAGCCAUCUUGACAGGGGCAAGAGGCUUGGUCAGCUUAGAAUGCAAAAAAUUUUAAAUUUAUUUUUUCAUUAUUUUGAAUGAUUCCAUUAAUAUUUAUUUUUCUUUUGUUUGCUUUAUACAAUCUCCUGUGGGCUUCACUAUGCUAUGUUUUCUAUGUUUCCUUGCUCCUGAAGCACCUGCUGCUAAUCUUUCAAUUCCAAUACAUUGGAUACUUUAUUAUGGUCUACACUGAGUGCAAAUUUUAAGAUUCUCUCAAUGUUACACAUCCAAAACUACUCUAAUGUCUCUUAAACGCUAUGGGUUCAACCACAGGUUUUACUUUAAGUGGGUUUUAUUGUAAUUCUCGAAUAACUGUCCUUGUCUUAAUCAUCAUUACCUGCUAACUUAGACACUGGGGGGUCACGUUUAUGUGUACUGUGUCAUGAUUUUGCAUGAGGUUCACCACAACAGAAAAAGCACCAAGAGUUCAUUUUGUUUUAGUGUAGCCUAAAAUGAUUUGUUAUUCCUAGCUGUGUUGCAUCUCUGUAAACAUACUGUAAAUCAAAUAGCUUUGAAUUUUACUCCUAUGAUACCUGAAAAGAGAUCAAGCAACGUUAGUUGGAAUUCAAAAUGCGAUAUUAUAUUUGGUCCUCUUACUUAAGUUACCAGAGUUAACAGUCCUAUUGAACAGCAGAAAAAUUUUAAUUUUCCUUUGUGCAGUUAUCUGACUGGCUGCAAUGCCCAUUAUAAAUAUAUAUAUAUUGCUGUAGCACUUUCGCUCCACUUAAUGGGCUUUGUAAUUGUAAGGUAGUAAGGAAUCUUCUAAAAUCACUUUGUCUUUGUAUGUUAGCAAUUGCCUCAUAAAUCUACAGAUAUAUUUGGACAAGCGUAUAUCAGGGGUAUCUGAUGUUAUGAGUUAUAUAAAGCAGCACUUACAUGAUAUAGUAACAAUGGAAAAGGUGUCAUAACUGCCUUGAAUAUCUUACCAAUACUUAGCUGGAUCUUUUGUAUUGAUAUUCCAGAGCUUCACCGUAGUUUGGAAUGGGUACUAAUACUGGUGAUGCUAUAAAUAGAAAUUAUUUAGCUCACAGAAUGUUACAAAAUUAAAACAUGACAGAUUCAACUGAUAUCAUAAACCUAAAGUUCCCAAGUGCUUUUGUAAAGUCAUCUGAUUCGAGAAAUCACAGUACCAGUGUAAUACGGCGCCCCAGCUAUUGGGGUUUGGUUGUUUUCUUUACUUUACGUUCUGCAUAGCUGAGCCCCAUUUUGGCCUUUCUUGUGUUUACCGCAUUCAGGCAACAUACAUAAUGGAAAGCAAUGAUUAUCAUGUUUGCAAUAUUCUGCCAGGAUAUUCACCACCUGUAAUCAUCUAAGUAAACAGCUAAUGGAGAAUGGGAACUCCAAACUUAGGGAGAAAGUUAAACAUUCAAAUUAUAGGCAUAGCUGUUGUUAUUGCAAACCUAGAACUAUUUUAAAGCUCCCCCUUCUCAUGACUUGACUUUUUUAUUGACAGAUAACAAGAGCAAAUAGUGAACAGGCCACAGACUGAAUUGAAUUGAAAUUUCAAUGAUUAAGACAUGAAAAAGCAGUUUCAAUAAAUGUGGAACACUGUAUGUUUAACAGUUUAUGAAGUUGCCUGAUGCUGGCAGCUGAGCUUUUCAGAGGCCAGAUUAUUGGAUAAAGAUUGUAAGAGUGCCUUUGAUUGUGAUGAAAUCUGUUUAGGAAAAUUUUGGUACAGCUGCUAUUGUACUGUUGAAUGUAUAAACGUAUAGAUCUAGCGCAGCUGGUAUUUGUGUUAUUGAUCCUGCUCUGGCAUAAUGUUUCUUAUUAGCAUUUUUGCAUGUUUAACCAAGAUGAUCCAGUACAACAAGUGUAUGAUGGGAGGCAUUUAAAGGGCUCGAAGACUUCCUGAUUAAGUACAUUGCUGGGGUUUACUGUGGCCACCCUCCUGGAUGCAAUGCAAGCUAUAGGGGAGCCACCAAGAGCACAGUAGCAAACUCAACAGAACAUCACACCUUUAAGGAUACACCUCCACAGGAUAGAACGCACUGGCAUGAUCUGCAUUAUCAAUAAAGCUGCUAAGUUAGAUUUGAAGACCUGUCAUAUCUAGGAGUAAAACAGUUCUAACUAAGUCAUCAGACAUGCAUAUGAGUGCAGUUUCCCCAUCCAGCUGUCCAUUCAAAGCAAUACUCUAACAGUCAUAGAAAUCCUGCAGGCAUAUGCAUAGGGCAAAGCUGUUAGCUUCUGGUUAAGACAUUGCACUGCAGUGAAAAAAUUCACCUCACCAAAGGAAUUUAUGAAGAAUAAAACUUGUGUUCAGUGCUGACAGUUUUCAGUAUAAGCAAUGAAUAUGACUAUCAAUACAGCUUCCCUGGGCUAAUGGGUUGUGUGUUGUGUGUAUAAUGACUGGAUUUCAGUCAAACAGAAUGCUAAAAAAUAAUAUUAUGCAAAUAAAGAAAUAAACUUUUAUGUUUGGGCCUGCUGUCCAAUAUGGAAUGUAAAAUUUAUUUGGUAUGUAUAUGUAUUUUUUGUAAAUAUAAGUUCUAUUUACUGCAGGAUUAAAUAAAACUGUGCAAACUGUC